AUGCCACCACCAAAGGCAGCCAAGGGUGAAUACAUCGAAACGGACACAGGCAACAAAAUCUCCCGCCGCUCCCAAAUCCAUGGCACACAACACAUUAUCCUAGGCGGAAAAACAGUCAUCCAAGCUGAGGCCGUAAUCCGCGGCGACCUCUUCCGCACGGCGUCAAGCGUCGCAGCCCAAGAUCCAAAGAACCCAAGCACACCCCCACCAAACGCACCCAGUGUGGCAAUCACCGUCGGUCGAUACAGCUAUAUAUCCAAGAGUGCGAUUCUGCGUCCCCCGAGCCGUCUCCACCGUGGCAUGCACUCGUUCUACCCGCUGAAGAUUGGUGACCAUGUCUUUGUUGGUGAAGGUGCUGUUGUCGAGGCUGCGUCGUUGGGGAACCAUGUUCAUGUUGGGAAGGGGGCUAAUGUAGGUAGUAUGGCUAUUAUUAAGGACUUUGCUUAUGUUCUUGAUGGGGCGGUUGUACCCCCUGGUAUGGUUGUUCCUAGUUGGUGUGUUGUUGGUGGGCGGCCGGCUAGGAUUGUUGGUGAGGUCGGGGAGGGAUAUGGGGUUGAGGGUGCUGAGGGUGGUAUGGCGAGGGAGAGAUAUCGGGUUGUAGGUAGGCCGUGA